UAUCAGGAGGCAAACGCACAGAGAUAAUAGGUGAGGUUAGGGAUCGUUUGCGCCCUGGUGACUGUUCUUUUUGCAGAUCUGACAUAGUAUCCAAUCUAGGUUCAAAGUCCUCCCCCUGCUGACUCUAUCGGCUACAGUCCAGCUUCAUGUUAGACGCGGAGCGCUGCUCCUCAAAAUGCUUUCUUUGUAGGAAAGAGUUAGAAAAAAGUUGUUGCGCGCUUCAUUCGUCUCUUCCCUUCAGCGGCGUCGCUAAUCUGAAUCCUCCAUCCGCUGAGACGCAUGAGUGGAGUCUCUGUGAGUAGGCGUUUUCUCCCCGGGGAGGGAAAAAGUGGUUUGUUUUCUCUCCGCUCACUCUGCUCUAACUCCAAGGACGAGAGGCGAAGAUGGCCUUUCUGCGCUGCAGCGCGUCCGAGCGAGAAGAAACGGAGAGGUCUGCGAUGCUGAGCGACAGGGAGAACAUCGACGCUUACGCGUGUCCGACCCUGGAGCUCAGCCGAGCCGUGUCCGUGUCUCUGGGCUUAGACCCGCUGUCCUCUCCGCUCGGCGGGAUCAACCUCUGCCCCGGCAGCGCCUUCGCAGACCCCGCAGGAAACGGCUCCUCCGAAGGCGCGGAGGGGGGCAGGCUGAUCCGGGACGGCGGCAGCCUGGGAGUGGAUGAGUUUGGGGAGGUUUGCCACGGUUUGCGGCAGGUGAGCUGCGCGGACCAGUUCGGGGACAUGGAGAGCGCGCAGUCCGUGACGCGCGGAUCGGUGAUCUCCAGAUUUGUUUGCAAAGAUUCCAACAUGAUGAUGAGCUCCAUGUCGGAGGUUCCCACCAAUCCUCAAGUGGCUCAAGCCGGACCUUUAAAGCCAUACUCUGCCUACCCUGCCGAUGCGGACCUGUACAGGGAGACCCAGGGGGGCUGGUGCGCAACGGAGCGCGCGUACGGCGAGCAGCCCCAGCCUCACCGGGGCGCUUACGACGGACCUGCUUUUCUGUGCAAAUACUGCGGUCAGACCUCUUUCGGACCCCGGCAGGAGUGCAGCUGUGUGUGGUACAGGAGGGUGGAUCGGGCCAGUAAAGCUGCUGCGCAAGUUUCUGCGGCUCAGGCGUUCGGCCAAGUGGAAAGUUACCCAGAAGUGAUUCCUCAAGGGCAAAACACUUUUACCACUAUCAAGGCUGAGCCUUCCGUUUGGCUGCACUGCACCGACCGCGGGUUCAGGCACGAGGAUUUUUUCCCAGGCGUGUUCCUGUCAGACAGGAGAGUGUGUCAGGUGUGCGGCGACGACGCCUCGGGUUGUCACUACGGAGCGGUCACCUGUGGCAGCUGUAAAGUGUUCUUCAAGAGGGCCGCGGCAGGAAAGCAGAACCACCUGUGUGCCAGCAGGAACGACUGCACCAUCGAUAAACUGAGGAGGAAAAACUGCGCCUCGUGCCGACUUAAACGCUGCUUCAUGUCCGGAAUGAGCUUGAAAGGCCGUCGGCUGAAGGGAGCCGGACAGACGAGAGGCGGAGAAGAGGAGCAUCAGCCUCCUGCCUGGGGGCAUGGAGAAAGGGAAGGGAAGCACAAUUUUGUCUUGGAGCCUGGGAGUGCUGCUGCCAGGGCUCAAGGGCCUCAGCUUUUAGGAAUCCCUCCAACUAUGCGCUCCUGCUUCUCUCUCCUCACCAUCCUACAGUCCAUCGAACCCACCGUAGUCAACGCGGGACACGACCCCGCCCAGCCAGACAGCUCCGCCUCCUUGCUCACCAGCCUCAACGAGCUUGGGGAAAGGCAGUUAGUGACUGUUGUACGCUGGGCCAAGGCAAUACCAGGUUUCCGUGACCUGCAUGUGGACGACCAGAUGUCGGUGAUUCAGUUGUCGUGGAUGGGGGUGAUGGUGUUUGCUUUGGGCUGGAGGUCCUACCAGCUCACCAACUGCUCCAUGCUCUACUUCGCCCCUGACCUGGUCUUCAAUGAUCAGCGUAUGCAAGUGUCCAGCAUGUACGAACACUGUGUGAGGAUGAAGCUACUCGCCCAGAAGUUCUGCAAGCUGGAGGUUACUGAGGAGGAGUUCCUCUGCAUGAAAGCCCUGGUCCUCUUCAGCAUCCUGCCAGUGGAGGGCCUGAGGAGCCAGCGCUGUUUUGACGAACUGCGGACCUCCUACAUCAAGGAGCUGGACCGCUUGGCGAGCCACCACGGCGAGACCACCCGGACGCAGAGGCUGUUUCAGCUCACGCAGCUGCUGGACUACCUCCAGUCGGUUGUGAGAAAGCUGCAUCAGUUCACCUAUGACCUCUUCAUCCAAGCCAAGUCUCUGCAUAUGCAGGUCAACUUCCCAGAAAUGAUUUCCGAAAUCGUCAGCGUUCACGUGCCCAAGAUCCUCUCAGGCAUGGUCAAGCCCAUCCUUUUCCACAACGCCACCUAAAGGUUCCGGUUUCCGUGGAGUGAAUCUGGACCACCUUUGGUGGCGCUGGAUACGGACCCUGACGCAUGCAGGGAAUGGAGCAUUCUUCCAGCAUUUUGUAAUCCAGUAACGUCCGCUCUGCUCCUUUCUUUCUGCCCGCUCACUGCAUCACACACAUCACAUGUUUGGUUUUUUUUUAGGGGGGGGGCUGAUCACAACACUUGCAUGCAUUCCUGCACUAAAGCCAACCAAGCUGAGCAUGUAAAACUUCUCCAGCUGAAAGAGGAAGCCAGCGCCGUAGUGAGAAAGCAUGUUUGUAGAGUUCUCAUCCCCAACAAGCUUUUUGUUUCUGUGUGCUACAGUACGACAUUUGAACUAGCUUCUCUCCACAAUGAAUCUUAUUGUGUUCACCUGAGAGGAGUAGAAAAAAACCUGCUUGAUUGACAGUUAAUAAUAAGGCAGUUGUGCCUUGCAUGCUAAGAGGAAGAGCUAUCUCACCCCAAGGCUUUUAAAAACAUUUUUUCAAAGCUGUCCUCAUGUCUUAAAAAAAGACACACAAAAAAAUAGUUUGAUGUUUUGUUCAGUCUGUUGAAAUAAACACCUUUAAAGUGCAAGUGACUGCAGCAAAGCUGAAAUCAAGUGUAUAUUUAUGAAAAAUAAAAGAUGCUCGAGAUGCAAGAAGAAAAGGAUCGGACAUGAAAAGUCGCCUCGACGCGUUUGUCGCUCGACUUUCUAAAGAAAUCCGCUUUUUUUCUGGGUGCCAAACACUGUUUCCGUCAAACUUUUCAUACUGCUGUGGAACUUUUCUACCAUUUCUUAAAAGUCUUCUUUGCAAACGCUUUCUGGUGUGUCGUCGUGUGUUUAUUGUAGCUUCAAUGAUAAUAAAUGUCCAGCAAAGACUCA